AUGAAGUUCCCCCAGGUGGCGCUGCUGAGCUCGGUGUCUCUCUUGUUCCUGGCUAUUUGCGUCCCGGCCCCCAAAUCUUCCAAACCUUCCAAGGUGAACCUGAAGACGUUCAUCGGCUGCGCCGUCCGGGAGUUCACCUUCCUGGCCAAGAAACCUGGAUGCCGGCCGAUGCGCAUCACCACCGAUGCCUGCUGGGGGCGAUGUGAGACUUGGGAGAAACCAGUGCUGGAUCCUCCGUACAUCGAAGCGCACCAUCGGGUCUGCACGUACAACGAGACCAGGCUGGUGACCGUGAGACUGCCGCACUGCGCGGCCAACGUUGACCCUUUCUACACGUAUCCCAAGGCCAUCCGGUGCGACUGCAGCGUGUGUCUCACCACAACAACAGAAUGCGAGACUGCCUGA